AAUGAUUAAAAGUCAUCUCGAUAGAUGUCUCGUUUACUUUAAAGUUUAUAGGUUGUUAACGUCACCAUAAAACUUCUUACGAAUAUACUGCCACGUAAUUUUAUUAAGUAUUUAUUAAAGAAAAAAAAUAUUUUAACUAAUAAUUGUUUUCAUGUUAUUACUCGUUGGAAAUCAAGUGAUUUGGGAAAAUCUUUUAUAAAAAAAUGGGAUCUUCUCAUAGCGUUGAAAUACCUGGAGGUGGUACAGAAGGUUAUCAUGUAUUAAGGGUUCAGGAUGACUCUCCUGGACAAAAAGCUGGCUUGGAAGCAUUUUUUGAUUUUAUUGUAUCCAUUGGAAAUACUCGUUUGGAUCAAGAUAAUCAUCUAUUAAAAGACCUUCUUAAAGCUAAUGUUGAUAAAGAAGUGACUAUUACCGUAUAUAGUAGUAAAACACAAUCUGUACGUCAUACUGUUAUUGUACCUAGUAUGACAUGGGGUGGACAAGGAUUUCUUGGUGUUAGUGUACGAUUUUGUUCAUUUGAGGGUGCUAAUGAAAAUGUUUGGCAUGUGCUUGAAGUGCAUCCUUCGUCCCCAGCAGAACUUGCUGGUUUACGUCCAUUCACAGAUUAUAUCAUUGGAGCAGAUUCUGUUUUACACGAAAGUGAAGAUUUAUUUACCUUGAUAGAAGCUCAUGAGUCUCGACCUUUAAAAUUAUACGUAUAUAAUACGAAAGAUGAUUCUUGUAGAGAAGUUACUAUUACACCUAACAAUACAUGGGGUGGUGAAGGAAGUUUAGGAUGUGGAAUUGGUUAUGGAUACUUGCAUAGAAUACCUAUCAGAAAUACUCCUGGAACCACUAAGCCACGUAAUUCGUCGUAUUACCCAACGUCUAACGUAAAAACUACCGUUCCCAAUCAAAUGCAAACAAAUGCAACUACCCCAGUUACAAGCAUACCACCUGGAUUCUCAAUUCCUCCAAAUUAUAUUACGAGUGUUGAUAAUACUAGUAAAAAUGAAACAGUCGUUACGUCGCAAGCUAUUUUGCAUCCUAAUUUAUCACAAACAAAUCCUGCUGCUGAUACUGGAGCUACUACGACUAAUCCAACGAUUCAUCCUUCCUCUAAUCAACCUAUCGUUACUUCUACAUCUAGUACCGAUAUUUCUCAUUAUAAAGAUAGUCCAAACAUUCCUGGGAUGCCAACAAGUCCACCUAUUUCAUCGUAUUCUAUGGAAGGAAAUGUUCCGAUAGGAUUAACAACUACACCACAUGCAAUUACAAUGCAAAGUUAUAAUUUACCGGGUGCACCAAAUACUAUUUCUUCAUUACCUUUCAAUGUGAAAGAAUCCCAACUCGUGACAACACCUAUUUCAUUACCAGGAAUGCCUCCUAUUACCGUUAAUGCAACUCUACCACAAAAUCCUUCUUUUUAUUCCUCUGUUCUUCAUCAGAAUCCAUUACCUACUACUACUCCAUCCUCACCUACUUCGGUAACGACACAGUAACAAUUAUUUCUGAUGCUUCAAGUGCAAUCUUUAUUUGCCCUUUGAUAAAAUAUUCUAUAUGUAGGUAAAA